AUGGCGCAGUCUGCACUCCGCGAGCAGAUCCUUGUCAACGCUGCGGAGCUGAUGUGCAAGCUCAACCCCGACAAGCAGCACCGCAUCUCUGAGCAUCGCCUUAUCGUUCGUCGCUGCGGCAUGGGCGAGAGCAAAGGCUACAAGGGCGUCAUCAUCGACUAUGCCGUCAUCCGUAUCGAAGGUCCUCGUGCUAACACCUUCCUCGAAGCCCUGGAAAGUCUUCUCAACUUCACUGCCGAAGCGCUGAAGCCGCACCUCGAAGGCUACGAGAACAUGAAGUUCUCGCACAUCAAAGGCCAAGCUCUCAAGAGGCGCGAGGGUAGCAGGAUCGCGGUCAAGGCGCCAACAGAGCAGACGGCCACGGCCGCCAGCCCUGCGAAGAAGGUCCGGAUUGUUACCAAGAAGCUCGAGUCUCCUGCGAAGAAGCUCGAGUCACCCAUGAAGAAAGUCGAGGUCGCCAUCAAGAAGCUCGAGUCUCCCCCAGGAAAGCUCGAAUCUUUUUAG